ACGAGAGUUCGAGAGUAUUGGACAGGCUUUCACUACUUGUGUAAAUGAUACUGAUAUGUUUACAUCCUGGAAUUUUUUAAAGUUAUGUUUUCAUGGCUGAGGAAAACAUGAAGAGAUCAAGUUUUUUGAAAUCUCGGAAAAAAGCUAAUAAAAAUAAUAAUAAUGAACUAAAAUCUGAAGUACUUUUACAUCAAGAUGUAUUUGCAAAAAUGCCAAAAAAUAAGAAAAAUGAUCGAAGUAAGAACAGAUUGUCUAGUUGUGAUAAAGAAAGUCACUUUGCUAAUGGUAAAAUAACUCAAAGAUUGCACAAUGUUCAGGUUAGCGAUGAAAAUCAAAACUUGUCUAAGAGUUCUUUUAAUGUUGAUCACUUUAGGAAUCAAAAAGGGAGAACAAUAACGAGUCCUAUCAGUAACUCAAUACAUAACUCAGAAGCAAAUUUAGAAACACAGAAUGGAAAGAGUUCCAAAAAUUUAACCGAAUGCAUGGUUUGUGAUGUGUGCGGCAGAAUAUGCAUAGAUGAAAAGUCUUACAACAGACACAUGAAGUCGCACUCUGGCAACAGGAAAUUCAAAUGCGACUACUGUGACAAAUCAUUUCUUGACAGCUGUAGCUUAAAGCGACAUAUGAAAACCCAUGAUAAUGAGAAACCAUUUAUCUGUCACUUGUGCUCAAAAUCUUUUAGAGACAGUGCUAGUCUCCUACGACAUGAGGGAAUACACAAAGAGCGAUAUAGAUUGUUCCACUGCUCUGUGUGCAACAAGAGUUUUAUGGAUAAACAUGGACUAAAGAGGCAUGAUCGAGUGCACACAGGCUUACGCCCAUACAGCUGUAAAUUGUGUCAGAAGUCAUUCAGUGAUUCUGGUAGCUUGAAACGCCACCUGAAAAUUCAUAUUGGUGUCAAGAACUUUUCCUGUUCUCUCUGCAAGAAGAGUUUUUUAGAGAAGCAAAGCUUAAUUCGGCAUCAAAAAAAGGUUUGCAUGAUCAAAGAGUUAACGCCAUGCACAGAAACAGGCUCCAAUGAAAAUCAGGCCUGUGACAGUUUAGGGUCAGUAGCAGACCAAUCUGAGAGUAGUGUGGAUGGCAGAGGUUCCAUAAGCGACUGUUUGCCAGUUCUCAUCCCAUCCAACAUGUUUGUUUCUAACACUAGCUCUGAAAUAAAAAGUGAGGCAGAUAUCAAGUCUAGUCAUGAGUUACCUUCCUUGCACAGCCUCAUGAAAAAAGACCCAAAACUCUCUAACAACAUUUCCAAAUUAGUUGAAAGCAUUGAUUCUUAUGAGAAAAUGUUACACUUGUGUGGCGAUAUAGGCCAGCUGGAAAUAGAUGCUGCUUUAGCAAAAGAUUCUGUCGCUUUGCCAGACAUUAUGUUGUGUUUUGAGUGUGGUGAAUUACUAGUGGAAGGUGAGAAUUUCAGAAGCACAAGUAGAGUUCAAGUUACUUCCUGUCCAAACUCAUACAAAUGUCUCAAUUGUGAGGAAGAUUAUGGUGAUCCACCUUUACUGAAGCCUGAAGUUCUAUUUAACAAUAGCUUUGAGUCAGAAAGCAUAUGCAGUGAUUCUAAACAAGAUAUUUCUCAAAUUGAAAAUUCAGCAGAUAAAUGUAAGUCAGAUCUAACAGAGCUGUUGAAAAAAGAAAAUACUGCAUCUGUUAGUAAGACUGUAAUUAUGCCCACUAGUGAAUCAAAGAUGAUGAAAAAUAAGCCAUAUUUGCUAUCUCGACUAGAUUACAUAGAACCCUAUUCAAAUGAAAAGAAUUUGAAAAAUGUGAAUGCUGAUCAAUCUUCAGAUGCAGUCAUAAAUUACAGUUUGCAGUCACCAAGUAAUACUGUUUUCAAGCUUGAUGAAUCAAUUAGUUGUAAUGAACCUCCAUCUUUUCGUUGCUCCCCAUGCAACCAAGUAUUUACAUCUUCAACACACUUUGAUCAGCAUCUAAAUUCUCAGUGCUUGUCACGAUACGCAUGUUUGGUAUGUGAAAAAACUUUCAUGAAUUCUACCAGUCUUAGACGCCAUAUGCCAGUGCACACUGGGGAAAAACCUUAUUCUUGUCUUCAAUGUGGAAAGCAAUUUAGAGAUCCUUCUAAUUUUUCAAAGCACAAAAAGGCUUGUAGCGGAACAUUGGAAAAAAGAUCAAGUGAUUCAUCUUCUAACUUGUCUCAUCUCAAAGUAGAAAACAGUAACAAGAUAGAAUCAAAAUCUGAUGUUUCAGUCACUGACACAGUAGAGUCUUCAGAGUCUAUCAAUUUUAUGAGUGCAACACAAAGAGCCUCAAGAAAAAGGAACCAAGAAUAUCAUCAAAGUAAUAGAGGUAUAAAAACUAGAUCUGCUUAUUGCAAAAAUAAAAGUGACACAAAAUUAUCCCCAAACAAGUCUGAACAAUGUAAUAAAGGAAUGUCUUGUUCCGCAAAGAAAAGCAGUGACAAGUCAUUCAGUAAAGUAAUGUCAAAUUUAAACUCUGAAAAAGAAAACCUCUUCACUUGUAAAGUUUGCAGUAAAGAAUUCACAUCUGAUAAUAACCUUUUGAUGCACAUGAGCUAUCAUACUCGUAACUCUAAUGUCACCUGUUCACAAUGUGGCAAGAAGUUUUGUGAUUCUUACAGUCUUAAGAGACAUGCUCGUAUUCAUGCAGGUGCAAGGCCGCACAUCUGCCAGAACUGCAACCGGGGCUAUUGCGACAACUGGAGUCUGAAAAAACACAAGACCAGAGGCUGCAUGCUGGAAGAACUCAAAGUUUCACCUGAUUCCUUGCACCCAUGUCCCCAGUGCUCUAGGGUAUUCUCUGAGGUGCAUUUCCUUCAGGAGCACAUCAGGUGUCACAAAGGCUUGCUGAAGUUUCAAUGUGACAUAUGCUUGAAGAAGUUCUCAGAAGCCUUCAACCUGAAACGUCAUCGUCGUCUACACAUGGUAACAUGCCCUGUCUGCCAGUCAGAGUUUCAUGACAUGUCAUCUUUUUCAGAACACCAGAAAAUAUGCAGAGAUAAGGAUUCGAAAAUAGCUUCGCAACAUGGAGAUGGUUUCCCUUGUCCCAUUUGUGCUCGGGUUUACUCCACCAAGUCCUACCUGGAGCGACACAAAAAAUUCCAUUCCAAUCUGAAACCCCAUGUUUGCAUGGUCUGUAAUAAACAAUUCUCUGAAAGCUUCAGGCUAAAACGCCAUAUGAAAGUUCACAACAGUACAAGGCCAUUCACCUGUGAAAGGUGCAAGAAAGGGUUUAAAGAUGCCCUUGGGCUGAGCAGGCAUAAAAUGAGUUCAGCUUGCAAAUACUUCAGGUCACAUCCUCGGCAAGUGCAGCCACCUCAAACUGACUACCCAUGCCAAAUCUGCAAGAAAAUCUUUAAGAAAAGUUACCUUCUUAUUCGUCACAUGGCUGUACACAGCCAAGAAAGACCAUUCUCUUGUGACACAUGUGGUAAGUCAUAUAAAGACACUUCCAGUUUAAAACGUCAUCAAUUUGUCCAUGCUGGAAUAAAAAAUUUCAUCUGUUCAGUUUGCAGUAAAGGCUUUUAUUAUUCAGACAGCCUCAAGCGCCACAAAGCUGGCUCAUGUGGUAAAAAAUUAAAAGUUGGCAAGCGUCUGAGAAAGUCUCACAGAAGUGUGCGUAAUAAAAAUAGUCCAAUUAAAUGUGAGAAAAAAAUUUCCCCAGCAGAUGUUCACACUGAAUCAAAUGUUGCUCUUGACCAAAAACUGAUCAUUUCAAAUGGCACCUCACAACCUGAUACAGAAAGUAAUAACUCCAUUUCUGUGUCUGAUUCAAUUGAAAAUAUUAAGUCUCAAUUUUCUUCUCAUCAAACAAAAGCUAAAAUAAGACAGCUGAGAACAAAGGUCUGCCCCAAACCAAUGUUAUUUAGGCAAGCCCAAUUCAGAAAACAGUAUCAAUGUCCCAUUUGCUUUCUUGGUUUCAGUAGAAAGUUUUAUUUAGAUUUGCACUGUAAGGUACACAACUCUUGACUUCAUUUUACUUCAUGAACCCAUAGAGGGCAUGUUUAUUUUAGUAUUGACGCAGUCAAGUUAUCACCUUUAUUCAGUUGACAGUAACAAAAAAAAUAUUAAGUUUAUUAUUACCGGUACUAGCAUAACUAUUUAGCAAAUCACGGUUAGAUUUAAAAAAUUAACAAAGUAUAGGAAAUAACUAUCUUCUUUUGAUUUGAAGGAAAAUCUGAAAUUGAUAAGAUAUGCUUUCAAAUUAUUUUGAUCACAGUCCUCUUUGUUUGGAGUAGCUGCAAAUUAGGUUUUUAGAUCUGAGUACUGAUGAAACACUGAAAUUUUUCCUCAUUGUAGGUCACAUUAGGCUAUACCCAGGAUGAAGUGCACCUUCAUUAAGUCUCGACAAUAGAAUUUGAAGAGUUCAUAUACCUGUGACAGAUGUUAUUUUUACAUUUAAUGCCCGGUACUUAAAACUAAAUAUAUUUUUUAUUUCAGCCUACUAACAUUGACCCACCAUAAUGUCCAAAUUAACCUUAGUCAUCUUUUAUUCUCAUUUUUAUAGAUUUAAUGGAAUGGAACAUGACUUUUUAUUGUUUUUGGCUGAGCUUUUCUUUCUUCAAAUUGCUACAUUUAAAUUAAUAGAUCAACAUUGGUUAUUGUAUAGAAUAUAUAAACUUUUUUCCUAUUUGUAAUAAUUAAAAAAAAAAGUCAUGAUAGUUCUUCAGUUGUUUUUUUUUAACCAUUGGCUGAUUUGAAUAAAGGUUCUGUAAAUCCAGCAUAC